AUGGACCCGGCACCCACCGUGUCGACUCGAAAACAGGGUCGUAUGCUCGCAGUCACUGGUUUGACGGAAGUCACAUUCGGCCAAAAGAGAGACCCAUGCGAGUCGUUCUUUCAGAAGAUGAAGACUGUCUUGGUGCCGACUGAUUCUGUGUCGGAUCCACAGAUGGUUAAUUCAAACGUCACUGUGUUUGCCAACAUGCCCGGCAUGCUGAAACAUGGCCCUACCGGACCGGCGUCCUCACAUUUCAAGGUGCUCACUUGCCUUACUGAUGCAAACCAAAUCACACAAGCAAAUCCGGAGACCCUCGAGCCAAUUGCCGCGAGCACGCAACAAGAGCUACACCCAGAUCUGAAGGGACAACUCUACUGUGCACAUCCGCAAUUCGAUCAUAGAACGGGAGACGUAUACAAUUACAACCUGCACCUGGGCCCGAGGAGCACCUAUCGCAUAUACCACACUUCGGCACAUACAUCCAGAACAGAAGUCAUUGCCACAUUCUCAAUCAAAGCAGCCUUUAUCCAUUCCUUCUUCAUGACAGAAGACUACAUCAUCUUCUGCGUCUGGCCCGCCUACUUCAAAGGACUUGGGACGUCCAUUCUCUGGGAAAGAAACAUGCUCGACGCAAUGAAAUUUGACCCAACGGCCCAGUCGCACUGGUUUGUCUCCACCAGCAUGGACACCCUGCAUCGAACCUACUACGAGGACCUGCUGCCGCCCAAUGGCGAGGCUUCGAAUUUCACAUUGAGAAGGUCCGAAACACCCAUGACCGUCCGCUAUCGCCUGCCCCGAUUGCCCAAGGAGUCAACGACCAGAACAGUUGUCACCGCGGAGCGAGUUUUUGGAUUCGAGUCUGGUGAACUCCCAACAAUCAACCCGCGAUUCGCUACUAAAAGAGCACGAUACCACUAUUGCAUCGUUAACCGAGGACACACCUCCUUCUUUGAUGGAAUCGGAAAGGUUGACCUCGAGACGCAAAUAAUCCAGUACUGGGGUAGUGACACAGCACCCCAUACGUCCUCUGAGUCGAUUUUCAUUCCCGAUGGCACUGGCGACGCCGAGGAUGCGGGAUAUCUGCUCAGUGUGGUAUUGAAUGGAGAAACAGGGGCGAGUUACCUGGUUUGCCUUGAUGCGAGGACAUUGACCGAGGUCGGCAGGGCUGAACACGACCACGCGAUUAGUUUUGGGUUGCAUUGA